AUGGCAAUGAACAAUAUGAAUCAAUUUUCUUCUGGAGAAAUCAAACACGGUGUUAGUGAUGGUGCAAAACGCGAACCAGGCAUUGCCCCUUUCGUAACAAAAACAUAUGAUAUGGUGGAAGAUCCGAAUACGAACUCUAUAAUCUGUUGGAGUUCAUCUGGUACUAGUUUCAUUAUUUGGGAUCAUAACAGAUUUAGCUUCGAAGUUCUACCAAAAUAUUUCAAGCAUACUAAUAUGUCAAGCUUCGUUUAUCAGCUCAAUAACUAUGGAUUCAAGAAGAUUGGACUUCAGAAAUGGGAAUAUGGACAUUAUUGGUUUCAAGCAGGGAAAAAACACUUGUUAUGUAACAUAAAAAGGCGAAUGAAAAAUCUGAAUGCUCAUAGAGAUUUUAAUCAAGAAACUUAUUUUUACGGAGUGGAGGAAGAGAUGAGGAGCCAGAGAGAUCUCAACGUUACGUUGAAGUCAGAAUUCGAGAAGUUGAAAGAGAGACAAGAUGAUAUGGUUAAGGGAAUCGCGUCUUUAAAGGAAUAUUUGGAGAAAUCAGAGGCAGAGUCAAGGAAAUUCCUCUGUUUCUUAGCAAAAGCAGUUAAAAAAGUUGUUGCAACUAAACGUGAUGUGGAAGUUAGAGAUGUAAUUACGAGUAAACGUAGAGCUGAGGAUGUAACGGGGAGUAGUAAAAGCUCGGAGAAGAAGAAGAUGACUGAUUUUUCAGCGAUUAAACGAGUAUAUGAUAUCGUGUAG